AUGACGGACAUCCACCGCGAGCUGCGCCGGCCAGCAGCGCAACGUAAGGUCUUCACUCUGACCCAGACGACCCCGACCGACCUCGUGCGAUCCAAGCUCUCGACCUCGGAAAUCCAAUCGCGAGCCGUUUCCUCGCUCCCGGACGACCUUCUCGAUAACCUCCCCGAAGACCAAAGUUCCUACUCCCUAUUCCAGGGCUUCCAGGCCUCCCUCCCCGAAGAUGAACACGCACCUCCAAGGGGGGGGAAGUUGUUGAAGGACAGCGAGAAAGGUGGGCUUUUGACAGCUGGUCCGGCCGGGUUGAAGGAAGAGCGGAAGGUGUUGAAUCGUCGUCUGGAGCUGAUGGGCGUGCGCAAGAACAUGUGCAGCGCUGAGAUUCACGAGAUCGAUAACAAGAUUGCCAACUUGCACAAAAUGCGUCAGAUCGUUCUUGAUCGAUUAGCCGGCCUAGAGAUGGACGAGGCGUCAUUAGAACACGAAGUUACGGAAAUCGAUAACAAGCUAGAGGACAUGCAAGAACAAGAGGAAGAAACUGCCGAAGACUCUACUGCAGCUGAGACGCCAAAGUCAUCGGAGGCCCAGGAUGAUACCAUUGGAUCUUCUGGUGACCCGGCCAUGGAUGCUUCAUUCAUGUCCGAAUCGAUCUACGAGAAACUCCCCACUCCAUCACCAAGAAGCUUGCGACAUCGCUCGAUACGUAAACGAUCGAUGCCGAUUCUUCACGAGCAUUUCGCUCCUGGCUCUUUAAUUAAAGAAAUAGAAGCCCACACAGAUAUGGUCACGGCAAUUGACUUUGACUAUCCCUUCGGAACAAUGGUCAGUGCGGCGUUAGACGAUACAGUGCGAGUUUGGGAUAUGAACGUUGGCCGAUGCUCAGGUUUGUUGGAAGGCCACAACGCCUCGGUUCGGUGCUUGCAAGUGGAAGAUAAUAUUGUUGCCACGGGAUCUAUGGAUGCGUCAGUCCGAUUGUGGGACUUGAGCCGCGCUCGGCCCGCGACGCGAGAUGGUCGCCUCAACAAGCAUGAGCGCGAUGCUGAAGAUACCGAAACACACACUACACCGGUACCACCUUCAUCAAACCUCGAAGACUGCCAUGUCUUUACGCUCGAUGCGCAUGUCGAUGAGGUGACCGCUCUUCACUUCAAGGGCAACACUCUCAUUUCUGGAUCCGCGGACAAGACAUUGCGGCAAUGGGAUCUGGUCAAGGGACGUUGUGUUCAGACGUUGGAUGUCAUGUGGGCAGCUGCCCAGGCGUCUUCGUCCUCCAUGACUAACGACGGCAGCUGGCGCCCGACCGGUCGGAUGCCCGAUGCAUCUGCAGACUUUGUUGGAGCAGUGCAAUGCUUUGAUGCAGCUCUGGCCUGCGGUACUGCCGACGGCAUGGUUCGCCUGUGGGACCUUCGUAGCGGCCAAGUCCACAGGAGUCUUGUGGGCCAUACUGGUCCGGUCACAUGUCUGCAAUUCGACGAUAUGCAUCUGGUGACAGGAAGUCUGGAUCGCAGUAUUCGGAUUUGGGAUCUGCGAAUGGGCUCGAUCUACGACGCCUAUGCCUAUGAUAAACCUAUCACCAGCAUGAUGUUUGACUCGAAGCGCAUUGUUGCCGCUGCGGGUGAGAAUGUUGUCAAGGUUUACGACAAAGCUGACGCUCACCAUUGGGAUUGCGGACCUGGUGUCGGCAUUGACGACGAAGGCCCUCUUCCCGCAACCGUCGAACGUGUUCGACUCAAGGAUGGGUAUCUUGUUGAGGGCCGCAAAGAUGGUACAUUGGCCGCUUGGACCUGCUGA